GGAGGGCUGGGCAGUUUUCCCAUGCCACCGAGCGCGUCCACAGGUUGCGGAUAGUGGAACGUCCAGGAAGAGCUUAAACUCUCUCUGGUCAGUCGUGAAUAACGCCUUAGGCGGAAUAAACGACCGCGGACAGGGGAAUAAUCUUCUAUAAAAUUACAAACUAAAAUGGAGGAGAGUGAUAAAAAUAGAUUUACCCCAGGAGGUAAUCCAGAAAUGGUAAAUCCUCCCACUUCCUUAGAAGUGGCCGAGCCCCAAUCGGAUUCUGGGGGGGGCUCAUUAUUACUCGAUCAUAAAACUGAGCCGACAGUAAAAAACUUGGCUGUCGAAGAUACUCCUCAAAAGUCCAGUAAAAUAGAAAUCGUAAAUGAACUUACGAAAGAAUGUUCUGAAAGCGCCUCUUCUACAUUGGGCUCAUUAUUACUCGAUCAUAAAACGGACCCGGCAGUGAGCCAUUUGGCUGUCGAAGAUACUCCUCAAAUGUCAAGUGAAAUAAAAAACGUAAAUGAUUUUACCAAAGAAUGUUCUGGAAGCACCUCUUCUUUGUUGGGAGGGCUACAGAUUGACUUAAAAAUUGACGACGAAUUUUCGUCAAAAGGAAGUAUUGUUGAAGCAAUAGGUUUAGACAUAGAGAAGGGUGCAGAGAUCAAUUCCUUUAAGAGUUCAGAAACAAACUCAGCUGGGAUUGUAAAGACGAAAAGAAGGAAAAGGGAACGGACAGCUGAGAAAAAGGCUAGGAAAGCUUUCCUAAACGCUCAGUAUUUCUUAAGAAAGAUGGCAAAUAAAAAGGAUAAAGAAUUAACUGACAGGGACAGAGCUCUCAUCAAACUUAACAAAAAGAAGAUCUGUAAGUAUGUAGAUGAACUUAAGCAAAAGCAGAAAAAUAUAGAGACAAUUUCAGAAGAGGGAGAACCUUCUUCUUUCAACAAGUCUAUACCUACAAAAAAUCUUCAAAACACCUACGCUACAGAGGAAUCUCCAAAGUUAAAUAUACCCAAAUCGCCAAAUUUUGAUCUGAAGGCGGCAAAGAAAACAAGUUUAUUAUUACUCGAUCAUAAAACGGACCCGACAGUGAGCCAUUUGGCUGUCGAAGAUACUCCUCAAAUGUCAAUUGAAAUAAAAAACGAAAAUGAUUUAACAAAAGGAUGUUCUGGAAGCACCUCUUCUUUGUUGGGAGGGCUACAGAUUGACUUAAAAAUUGACGACGAAUUUUCGUCAAAAGGAAGUAUUGUUGAAGCAAUAGGUUUAGACACAGAUAAGGGUGUGGAGACCAAUUCUUUUAUGAGUUCAGAAACAAACUCAGCUGGGAUUGUAAAGACGAAAAGAGGGAAAAAGGAACAGGCAGCUGAGAAAAAGGCUAGGAAAGCUUUCCGAAACGCUCAGUAUUUCCUAAAAAAGAUGGCAAAUAAAAAGGAUGAAGAAUUAACUGACAGGGACAGAGCUCUCAUCAAACUUAACAAAAAGAAGAUCUGUAAGUAUGAAGAUGAACUUAAGCAAAAGCAGAAAAAUAUAGAGACAAUUUCGGAAGAGGGAGAACCUUCUUCUUUCAACAAGUCUAUACCUAUAAAAAAUCUGCAAAACACCUACGCUACAGAGGAAUCUCCAAAGUCAAAUAUACCCAUAUCGCCAAAUUUUGAACUGAAGGCGGCAAAGAGAAUAAGUUUUAGCAACAGAGAUGAAAACGUAGUGAAAAAAGCCAAAUUUUCGAAGGCCUUUGAUUCACCUGAAGACUGUCAGAUAGCCGUCAUUGAUCGUUCUCACCCAGGCGGUAAAAUGUCAGUCGAAAAGUGGAUGAAGGUAGAAUCGAAGAUUUUGUUGGCUAUUGCGGAAACUGAUAGUGGAAGUGGUGAUGAGGUAGACUUCAAUGGAGCGGGAUGGCAUAAAGGCGUCAAAGUCAUAAGAUGUGGUAAUAGAAAGUCGCGAGACUUCCUAACGCAAGUCAUUCGAGACUGCGACAAUAUAUGGCCAGGGGCGAAACUUGAAGUCGUACCAAAAUCACAUCUUCGAGUUAGAAAUAGAAUUUCAGUAUGGGUACCACCUCCAGUUCCGUCUAAUGACGAGACCAUACUGAAGAUAAUUGAGAAGCAAAAUAAGAUUCUUAAAACUCAAAACUGGAAGGUAAUCUCUUCCACAGAAUGUAACAAUGGUAUGGGUCUGGACUUAGUCCUAGCGAUAGACGACGAAUCUUUGAAAGCUUUAAAAUUGUCGGGAGGAAGCAUCAAAUUCGGGCUAGGUAGCUUGAAAACUAGACUUCCUCGUGACAAAGAUAGCAAAGAAUCUAGCAAUUUUACCGGCGGUGUCCAUUAGCUGCACCACGGCUGUCAGGGACUAACGCUUUAUGUAAUGGCGUUGAGUGUGGUCUUAACCUAAAGACCAUGAUUUCUAAAAGAGAUUAAUUUCAGAAUAAAGCACAAAUAACUUGAAAGUGAUAACCUGUGGAAACCAAGGCAAUGUGAUGCUAUCCUUGACAUCCGCAAGCAUACACGAAUGAGUCACCACGAUUUGAGUAGCAGAGGCAAGACUGAAAGAGACUUUUAUUCAAGACUUCAUCCAUCCUAACAGAAUACGUACACAGUUAUAGAACAUCGACAGCUUUAACUGAUGGAUUCUUAAACAACAAUUCUUUAAAUUAAUAGGGGUAUCGGGUCGACGAGAACUUUUUAGAUUUCAUUUAUGAUGUCGUUUU